AUGUCAUCGGAACACUCGUCAUCGGAAUCCGGUACGCCGCCACCUGGCCGACUGCGUCGAUGGUCGCCUCAACAUUCGGUCGCGUUGCCGGAAAAGUCGACGGCGCCGCCAACCGCCAGGCCAGUGACGCCCGGGCGCACAGACAACCACCGGCGGCGGCGCUGGAUGAUACUCAACGAAUUCAUUGCAUAUGAAAACCAGUACUUCACGGCGCUGCAAUUGCUGACCUACAAAUUCCACGACGAGCUGCUGAAGAACGAGAACGUGCUGCAGCGCUCGAAGGCGCGCGCAAUAUUCGCCUUCGUGCCGGAGCUGUGCGAGCUGCAUCGGCACUUCGAUGGCUGGAUGGAUCACGUAGUGCGGGGCUGGGACGAGCGUCCGAUGCUGGGCGGCCUGGUUGGCGCGAUGCUGGAGCAGCCGGGGCUGGUGCAGCUGUACCGUGCGUACGUCAACAACUUCCAGAGCGCCCGCACCGUGCUCAUGGCGGAGCUGGCCGGCAACGAGCUGUUCCAGGCCUUCGUGGACGCGACGCUGAUGCAGUCGGUCGAGAAGCUCAACAUCGAGGUGUUCCUGCUGAAGCCGGUGCUGCGUAUGACGCGCCUGAUACAGCACAUCCGCGAGAUGCUGGAGUGUACGCCGAACGCCCAUCCCGACCGCAAGCCGCUGGUGCGGUGCUUCGCGCGUGGCAGGCAGCUCGCCGACCAGCUGGACAACCUGCGCAAGUGGAACGAAGUGCUGGGCCUGCUGCAGACCACCGUGAGUAGCUGGGGAACUCCCGGAGCGCUGCUGCACUGCGAGGACCUCAUCGUCGAGCCGCAGGCCGAGGGCGAACCGAGCCCGGACGAGCAGCGGCUGAAGCGCCGGCGCGUGUACCUGUUGCGCGAUCGGGUAGUCAGCGUCAAGCUGCGCGAGUACUCGGACUCCGGUCAGCGGCUGCGCAAGCUGUUCCAGGAAAACAGUGCCGUCAGCUUGAAGUGGAUGGUCCCGCUCGAGGACGUCGACAUCUUCGUCGGCGGACAAACGUCCUACCAGCCGCCGACCAACGUCGACCGGUGCAACAAGAUGCUGCACCUGCGCAGCGACUACAACACCAUACAAAAGAUCCGGCUGCUCUCCACCCGCCUCAACCAUACCGUCGCCAACCUCGACCCGAUGCACCUGGAUACCGUCCUGCACAGCAUCGAAGUGGAGAUCCAGCAAAUGAACAACGAGGCGCAAGCCGGACCGCGACCGUCCAACCCCUGCUGGAUGCAGGUGCUGCCCAAGUUCGGCCGACCCGAGGUGGCCCGCCUCCGCGACUCGUCGUUCUGCCUGCGCAACACGGCCACGACGAGCGAAUGGCGGGUGAUGGCGCGCCUGGCCCAGCUGGCGCUGCAGCCGGAAAACACGUCCGGUUGGUGGAAGCAGGGCGUCACCCAGCACUUUGCCAUCACCGAUCCGCAGUUCGUCGGCCGGCGCUCGGUGGCCAGGGAUCUGCUGCACGCGGAGAUAAGCUGUGCGUGUUAUUAUGCGCCGAAUAUAGAGUCGCCACUGUACGCCCGGCUGCAGCUGCAGUCUUGGCUCCGGAACCGCAACACCCUGUGGGUCUGUUCGUCCCGGGGUGCCGAACCGGAGCAGAGCUGCGUGACGCUGUUCACGCACGACCUGCUCGACAACACCAUCACAGAGCGUACGAGCUUCUUGCUGGAGGGGGAGUACGUCGAGGACAUUGUGCACGUACCGGAGGGCACGGUCUGCAACGCCGACGAAGAUCGGCGCGAAAAGUCCAUCGACACGGUGUGGAUAGCGACGCGGACGCGCAUGCUCGUCUACUCCGCAGCCUAUCCGUUCAAUGACCAGCUGUUGGCGAAUGUGGAGCUGCACGGCGAACCGAAGCACAUCCUACACACCCCGGAAUCCGUCGCCGUUGGGCUGGCGAACGGUGAGAUGCUGGUGUUCCAGCUGGUAGACGGCAAGUGGGAUCUCCUCCAGCCUCUGGGGUUGUUCGUGUCGUGUCUCCCAAUCGACGCCAUUAUGGCCAUCGGAAGGGAUAUCUACGUGGCGUCCGGCACGGUCAUCACCGUGUUCUGCGGGGGAAGCCUCAUCCGCGAACCGCGCCAUCUUCAGGUGCAGCCCCUGAGCGACCGGUUCGGGAAACUACCUGCGAUCGACAUCCACCUGAUGGAACACUCGAUCCACGGGAUCUGGAUCGUGCGUCAGCGCUCGCACGUCGUGUCGCACUACCAUCCGGGGACGUUCAAGCACCUGCAGGACCUGGACGUCAGCGAUCCGGUGCUGCGGUUCGUGGCGGCCAAGCAGAACGCCGAGGAUCCCGAGGUACUUAUCGCACCCAUGCUGCAUAUCACCACAAUGCUGGCCACCAGGGACAUGCUGUUGGUUGGCACGAACGUCGGCAUAACCUUGAAGCUCUCCCUCCCGGCGUAUGCCAACCUGCCGGUCGUUGGUGGCGCCUGGAGCGUGUCCUACCAGGGCCAUCUGGAUAGCGUCAACCUGCUGCUCGCACUGGCCGCAUCUCCCAUUGUCGAAGCCGACACAGAACCGUACGGACCAUUCGACAUAUCGAUGUACCGACACUCGCGCCGAAUUUCGCAGGACCUCGAGAACGACCCGUACGCAAGCGCCAUUCCGAUGGGGCCAGUAGCGGUUGCACCUGGCGAGCAAGCCAAACCGGGGGAAACACGCAAGAACCUCUCCAAAACAAUCCUGUUCGUCACCGGAGGCCGAGGCUACCGUAGUUACAGCGGCGCGGGAAGGACCAGCAGCGUCGCUCCAGUCGGAAGCUACAACCACUGCGACACUUCCACCGACGGAUCGAACACUUCACUGGGCUGCACCGACUCCCAGAUCAUACUGUGGGAAAUGAAAAAGUGA